CAUCAGUGUUGUUGCUCUACCAUAUCCCGUCUAAAUAUAAAGAUUUGGCAAAAUCUUUUGACAAAUACCAAACAUUUUGUUUUCACAUCUCACAUCCAUACAGUGACUCCUACAGGUUAGACUGCAGAAUACACAGACAGCAGCUGUUCACACCCAUCUGUACCACAGCAUGUCUUGUCCUGACUCGGGAAUGUUCCCUAUGUGUUUAUACAACCUUAAAGAUACAGCCUUAUUCAGGACAGUAUAACUCUGGCCCUGUGUUUUGAUCUUAAAGCCAUGAUCAGUUUAUAGCUAUUUAUAACUAUUCCCUAUUUAUAAUUCAUAAAGGUUUAUUCUUGUUUUCAUAUGGUCAACAAACGUAUUGGACAGAUUUCUUGAAUUAGUGCUAAAAAUGUUAUUAAGAUUAGACCUUGCAAAUCCAGAUACAUUGGAAAAUCUCAUUUGUACCUUUAGCUACCGUCUCAAGUCUCCAAACUUACCCCGUUCUCUCUCUAGGGUAGACCACCGUAUUAAAAUCAGGUUUUGUUUGCUAAAGGGAGAUUACACUUGAACAGUGAUACACACAUUGUUUAAAGGAUCUCUCUUGAAUAUGUAAUCAUGAACAAUCUGAUCCCCAUUCACGCCAUCAGGGAGUGUGUCACACACCAUGUUCUGUCCGUAUUUAAACUAGUAAGAAUCCCAGGGGUCUUGUCUGUUUAGAUGCUAUACCAAAUAACGGAAGGUCAAGUAGAUUAAGAUAAUCAACAAGGCUUUCUGAAACAAAUGAAGAAAAAAAGAUAGACCCUUGAAGAGCAAUGGGAGUCCUGAUUUUCUCUCUCAUCAUUUAUUUAAAUCUUCCCAAGCCCAUUUUGUCCAUUAUCUUGCAUCUCAACUGUUCCAAUCCCAAUGAAACUCCAGGGAGCGAGAGAAUUAUGCACUCUCAAGGACAUGGUUUCCAUGGAGAUUGUCAUUACACGAUUAAUUUGUUAAAAAAAAAAAGAAAGAAAACAGUUAAAGAAGAUCUUGAGUUUGGAUAUUUUUUCUAACCGUCUUCAAAUUUUGAUACCAACAUGAACACUCUGCAAGACUUCAUUGGAUGUAUUGCAGCGAGUCAAUCAGAUCACCUUCACGUCACAUUUGCAUCCCAUGUUAAGUGUUUCACUGACACAAACUUUUGUUCUGAUGUUUCUCCAUUUAUUUGUUUAUUUAUCCCUCGUGUCAUCUCAAUGCAGCCUAAAUGGGCUCGGCUGGCAUAUGUUGAAGCGCAGGGUGAGCUAAAGGUGCCGUUUAAGGAUGCUCUCCCAACAAGAGAGGAGCAGCUUUCAACACUGCGAAACACAGAGGAGUUUGAUGUCUUGGUGGUGGGCGGCGGAGCCACGGGCUCGGGAUGUGCCUUAGACGCUGUCGCACGGAAUCUGAAGACCGCCCUGGUAGAACGGAGCGAUUUUUCAUCGGGCACCAGCAGCAGAAGCACCAAGCUCAUUCACGGCGGAGUCCGCUAUCUGCAGAAAGCCAUCAUGAAACUAGAUUAUGAGCAGUACAUGAUGGUGAAAGAGGCCCUUCAUGAACGUGCCAACCUGCUGAACAUCGCUCCCCACCUGUCUGCCCCUUUACCUAUAAUGCUUCCUGUUUACAAGUGGUGGCAGCUGCCGUAUUACUGGGCCGGCAUUAAAAUGUACGACCUGGUUGCCGGAUCACAGUGUCUGAAGAGCAGCUACGUCCUGAGCAAGAGCAAAGCACUGGAGCUCUUCCCUAUGCUGAAGAAAGACAAACUCGUGGGAGCCAUUGUCUACUAUGAUGGACAGCACAAUGACGCCCGUAUGAAUCUGGCCAUCGCUCUUACAGCGGCCCGUCAUGGUGCUGCUAUUGCUAACUACACAGAGGUGGUUCAUCUGCUAAAGAAACCAGACCCAAAAACAGGCCAAGAGAAAGUUUGUGGAGCCCACUGCCGAGACAUAAUCACAGGGAAGGAGUUUGACGUUCGUGCCAAAUGUGUCAUUAACGCUACCGGCCCCUUCACUGACUCACUACGCAAAAUGGACAACCAGAAAACCGCCAACAUCUGCCAGCCUAGUGCAGGAGUGCACAUUGUCAUCCCUGGAUAUUACAGCCCAGACAACAUGGGGCUAUUAGACCCCGCAACCAGUGAUGGCCGUGUCAUAUUCUUCCUGCCCUGGGAGAAGAUGACUAUCGCCGGCACGACAGACACGCCCACUGAAGUCACAGCCCAUCCCAUCCCAGUGGAGGAUGACAUCAACUUUAUCCUGAGCGAAGUACGCAAUUACCUCAGCCCUGACGUAGAAGUGCGGCGAGGGGAUGUCCUGGCGGCCUGGAGUGGCAUUCGUCCGCUGGUCACCGACCCCAACUCCAAAGACACGCAGUCCAUCUGUCGUAACCACAUCGUCAACAUCAGCGACAGCGGACUCAUCACCAUUGCUGGUGGGAAGUGGACAACCUAUCGUUCUAUGGCUGAGGAGACUCUUGACGCAGCUAUAAAGGCUCAUAACCUCUCAGCUGGUCCCAGCAGGACGGUCGGUCUGAUGCUGGAUGGUGGGAAGGACUGGACCCCCACCCUGUACAUUCGCUUGGUUCAAGACUACGGCUUGGAAAACGAGGUUGCUCAGCACCUGGCAGCCACUUAUGGAGGAAGAGCAUUUGAAGUGGCCAAAAUGGCCCAGGUGACAGGCAAGAGAUGGCCUAUAGUGGGGAAACGCCUCGUGUCUGAAUUUCCCUACAUAGAGAGUGAGGUGCAGUACGCUGUAAAGGAGUACGCAUGUACAGCCAUCGAUGUGAUUUCUCGCCGAACUCGACUGGGCUUUCUGAACGUGCAUGCUGCAGACGAGGCUCUGCCACUUAUCGUUGAGAUCAUGGGCAAAGAACUGCAGUGGACUGAGCAAAAAAAGAAAGAAGAGCUGGAGGCAGCAAAGAAGUUUCUGCACCUGGAGAUGGGUUACAAAGCUCGCUCUGAGCAGCUCAGCAAGACAACAGAGAUCUCACUCACUGCCCCAGAGAUAGCAAGGUAUAAGAAGCGUUUUUACAAGUUUGAUAAGGAGAGCAAAGGCUUUAUCACAACAGUGGAUGUCCAGCAAGUGCUAGAGAAACUCAGCAUUCAGAUUGAUGAGAACGCCCUUCAUGAGAUCCUCAACGAGGUGGACCUCAACAAAAACGGGCAGGUGGAACUGGAUGAGUUCUUACAGCUCAUGAGUGCAGUCCAGAGAGGCCACAUCUCUGACAGUCGUCUGGCUAUCCUGAUGAAGACGGCCGAGGAGGGGUUGGAUCUGAGAGGACCUGUCACGGUUGACCGCAGUGGAGGCGGUGUUUGAAUCCCAACUACAAACCAAAACAUCCACCAGACAACGGCUCCCACCACAAAGUUGGAUAAACACCAAAAAGCGCUGACCACUGUGCCCACGCUGGUCAGAUCACAAGCACAUCCUCUCAAGUCAUUAACUCACCCAACCAGCUGGCUGCCAUUGACUACAAUCUUUUUCUCUUUAACUUUUGUUUUAGCAAGCUUAUUUAAAUUGAUUUUAAUGAAAAAAAGAUAUUAUUAGAGCAGAAUAUAUUCUUAAAAAAUAUUUUAAAGCGUAUUCUAGGCUCUAUAUUUUUUAUCUAAUGCAUGCAGUGCCAUGUUGUGUGACCUGGUAAGCAUGAAUAGAUUGUCUCUUUAAUAUUUCUCUGAGCAGCUUUAUCCAUUGUGCUUUCUGUUGUGCCAUUUUAUUAACGCAGAUUAUUUGCUACUGAACGCAGUGAGGUGAAAUUCAAGGGCUCCUAGUGUCUUCUGAGCUAAACAAUGCACUAUAUUUGAAUUUCGCGGUUUUACUCUGCAUACUGCUUAAUUGUUACUGUUCUGAAUUACAGUGAUGAAAUGUGUUUUUUGUUUUUGUUGUAUUAUUUUAAUCAUUUUAAAUAUUUUUUUAUUUUCUGAAAAAAAGUAUUUAUUCAAAAUCUAUAAUUUCCUUCAUACUUUUGAUAAAUCCUGUCUUGUUUUUAAUUAAUGUGAUUAUGUUGAAAGUAUACAAUUGUAUUACUGUAGACAGAUGAGUUAUUUUAGUUUGUCUUAAACGGGUUGUUUUCAGACUUUGCAUUAGCUCUGGUUCAACAGGAGGGUUUUAAAAUUAUAAUGAAAUGUAAGAGCUUUUGUCUGAAUGUUGAACAUUUUAUCCCUUAUUCAAAUUCAUGAACAAUUGAAACUCCACUUCAUUAUGUUUCCUAUAAAGCCUUGCCUGUAAAAGUAAUUGAUUAUCCAUUUGUCAUGAAAUAAUAAGGGAAUAUUAUAACUGUAAACUUGAUGUAGAGCAUAGCAGGGAAUGUACUAAAUGUGCCUUGCUUCUUAAAGGUAUAGUUCAUUCAAAAAUGCAAAUUCUGUCAUCAUUUACUAACCCUCAUUUCGUUCCAAACCAAUACGGCUUAUUUCUUCUGCAGAACAUAAAAGAAGAUAUAUUAAAGAAUGUGUGUAACCCAACAGUUUUAGUUACAGUUGACUUCCAUCGUGUUGAAAACUGAAAAAAAAAAAAACACUGAAAUAUUUGGCAACACUUUACUAAAACCCAUUAUGUAUAAUGGAUUAUAAAAGUAGUUUAGUAGCAUGAAUAAUUGUAACUACAGUUAUCUAUUCAUUGUUAGACUGUGCAUUUUAAAUUCGGGUUAUAAUUAUUUACUACAAGAUAUAAUGUAUUACAACACACAUUAUCAAUAUUUAUAAGGCAUUAUAUCCUUUAAUAAUCCUUUAUAAUGCAUUAUACAUUAAGGCUUUAAGUAAAGUAAAGUGUUACCAAAUAUUUUACAAAAUAUCUUUUAUGUUCCACAGAAGAAAGACAUACAUACAUGUUUGGAACGACAUGAUGAUAACAAUAUUUUCAUCUUUGGGUGAACUACAACUUUAAAAAGACACUUAAUGAACUUUGCAUGUCGAAACGCACAGUCCGACACACACUAAAAGAGAGCGAUCUUUUACUUGACUUUGUAUUUUUGUGGUUUAACAUGCUUAUGUAUUUUUAUAAUCAGUUUAUUUAUGUUCAUACUUUCAGCAGAUGGAAACUGCUUUUAACUUGGAUGCUUUAAGCUUGAUAAUCUAAAAGAAAUGUGUUUUGUACAACGAGACUACUCAGAAUUUAAGUCCAUCAUGAUAUAUUUGGGUUUUUUAAAGCUAAAAGAAGACCACAUAGAUUGUCAUAGAUCUUCAAGGAUCAAUGUUGUUUGUCAGGUUUGAAUGCAAUGAUGGAGAAAGAGGGGAACUGUCGACUUUUGCACAUGAGAGCAGAAGCAGUUAAAUUAAUUUACUGUUUGUCCCAACAAGAUGUAAUUUCAGCCUGAUCCUGAUUGAAAGAAAUUUAUUAUUGUAUGAAAAAAGUAUAGUAAACCAAUCUGCAAAGCCUGAGAAACACAAUUCUGUAAUUAAAUGUAUCUGGUUGCCUUCUG